AUGUCUUCCGGCGCACGCGUAGUGCUGCCUCAAGUCGACCAAUAUGAGCGACACGGAUAUCUCUUCGGAUACCCAAUCGCCCACUCAUAUUCUCCAUAUCUUCACAACACAGUCUUCCAGCAACUAGGUAUCAACUGGGGCUUCGAACUGCUGGAGUCAACCGACAUGAGUCUCUUCCUCAAACUCAUCAAAGACCAACGACUCUAUGGCUCCGCAGUGACCAUGCCUCACAAGGUGGGCAUAAUACCACACCUCGACGGCCUCACAGACGAAGGACGAGCCGUGGGAGCCGUCAACACCAUCUUCCGGCGUGGCGACCAGUACAUCGGAACCAACACCGACACGAUCGGCGUCCGGGAGUCAUUUUAUCAGAACGUCGCCGCGCCUGCAGAAGUCUUCCACGGACGCCCGGGUCUAGUCAUAGGCGGCGGAGGCGCUGCGCGAUCAGCCGUGUACGCGGCCGUCAAGCUGAUGCAGUGCAAGCCCGUGUAUGUUGUCAACCGCGAUCCGGCAGAGGUGGAGGCUGUGGUGAGCUGGUGUGUUUCCCAAGGCUACGGAGAUGACCUUAUCCAUGUCACGAGUGCGGCACAGGCGGCGGAGUUGGAGGGUCCAGGCGCGAUCAUCGCGUGCGUGCCGAAUUUCCCGCCGGUCACGGAGGCGGAGAUUGAGAUGCGGAAGGUGGUCGAGACCUUUCUGGCCAAGCCGCACAAGGGCGCGAUGCUGGAGAUGUGCUAUCAUCCCACGCCGUGGACGGAGCUGGGCGAUCUGGCCGAGAAGGCUGAAUGGCAGGUCAUCCUCGGUACGGAGGCUAUGAUCUGGCAAGGCAUUGAACAGCACAAGUACUGGCAUGGUAAGCACAUGGACCAGAAGCUGAUACAAAAGGUGAAGAAUGUGAUCGAGGGUGAGUUGGCGAAGGCUCGUGCGUAG